AUGCUUCAUUUCCUUGGGGACUGCUACAGGGAGCCAUAUAAAAGGAUUAUCAUCCCACAAUAUUCACACCCUUCUUCUCCUUGUCUUACUGCUAACCGAUCCUACUCAAGUUCGCCUGCCAAGAUGACCUGCGGUGGAGAUUGCUGUGGCUCCUGUGGGGGCACCUGUGGGACCUGUGGGGCCGUGCUGGUGUGUGUUCCCUGCUGUCAACAAUGUGGUGCUCCCUGCUGUCCCUGCGGCCAGUCCUCCUGCUGCUCUCCCUGUUGCGGUGGCAAAUCCAGCUGUGGCCAGUCCUCCUGCUGCUCUCCCUGUUGCGGGACCAAAUCCAGCUGUGGCCAGUCCUCCUGCUGCUCUCCCUGUUGCGGUGGCAAAUCCAGCUGUGGCCAGUCCUCCUGCUGCUCUCCCUGUUGCGGGACCAAAUCCAGCUGUGGCCAGUCUUCCUGCUGCUGUGGCAAAUCCAGCUGUGGCAAGUCCUCCUGCUGCUGUGGCAAAUCCAGCUGUGGCCAGUCCUCCUGCUGCUGUGGCAAAUCCAGCUGUGGCAAGUCCUCCUGCUGCUGUGGCAAAUCCAGCUGUGGCCAGUCUUCCUGCGGCUGCGGCAAAUCCAGCUGCGGCCAGUCUUCCUGCUGCUGUGGAAAAUCCAGCUGCGGCCAGUCUUCCUGCUGUGGCGGCAAAUCCAGCUGUGGCCAACCUGUUGCCCCACUCCCUGCCCUCCAUGCUGCAAGAAGUAAGAAGCCGACCGCCGUAGGAGAAGAUCUCAACGCUGACCCCGAGAAGGACAACGGCCUGACCCAUCGCAGCUCCGAUUUCUAA